AUGACUUCCCUAACUCUGACACCGCUCUCUUCUUCAACUUCCACUUUAUUCUCUCUCAAGAAGCCACCAGCAGCUUCACCAUUACAUCUUAAACACCUUUUGAAUAAUACCCAUAAAACUAUCAACAAGAAUAAGAAGGUUUGGAGGGGAAUAUGCAGAGCAGAGUUAUCAAACGACACGCCGUUUGUUAUUGCAAUUGGGGCUUGCAUGUUAAGCUCACUAGUUCUUCCAACUCCGACUAGUGAGGAAGGGGAUGCUGAUACUGCUCUUGAUUCAACAGAUACCAGAUUUGCUGCUAUGGGCAUCAUCA